AUGAACUUCACCCUCAUUUUUUCCUUGCUCGUCAUCUUCUUCUACGACGCGGUGCCAACCUUAUCAAAUGAGCAAGUCCAACCCGGUGUUUACAUCGCUCCUGCGUUCCCUAUCCAUCGAGUUGGGCGCACAGCACUCCGCUUCUUGCAGGUACACGAACUCUUCUUACGCGGACUCACCGAAACCAACUUGAAGCUCGUGCGCCAUCCGAGAGUAGCUUUUGGAGGGGGUGGCCAAACAUCCAAUACGUCUUUGCUUUGUGUGAUUCGCUUCUCAUUUCACCGCGCUAGAGUUAACACUGACAGUGGCGAUUCAUAUACAAGCACGGGCUUUGAUACGACCGGGACUCAACCCAGUCUGACAAACCCAUUGGGCAAUCCGACCUAUCCAGGGAAAACUUCGUCCGAUGGACCGAAUUAUAUUGACUUUUUGACCACCACUUACAAUCAAAGUGUUGUGCAAACCUACAAUUUCGGGUUCGGUGGCGCACUGAUCGAUAAUACUAUCGUUCAAUCGCCAUUUGGUGCUAUACCAAGCUUGGUUGAUCAGGUCAAGUCGGAAUUCCAAGCCAAGUAUGUUGGAGCCCCUCUAUUUCCCUGGGCAUCGAACAAUGCGCUCUUCACUCUGUUCUUUGGAAUCAAUGACGCCAUUUAUACGUACUCGAGACCAAACAAUGACUCCUUACAAUACGCCCAAAUCAAAUCUUAUGAAAACAUACUAAAUCAGCUGUACCAGGAUGGGGCUCGAAAUUUCGUCAUUCUCAAUAUCCCGCCGGUGGAUAGGACGCCUAUGGCAUCAGUGGCAGGCGCCUUCCUGAUAGAAUCGCAAGCAAAUUGGAUCGGAAGGUUUCUCUUCCGUUUGAAUCAGCUCGUGAUAAAUUUCGUCCGUCGCCACCCCGAUGCCACUGCCUUUCAAUUCGACACAAAUUACCUUUUCUCGCUUGUGCUCGACAAUCCCUCCCGAUUUCCAGAAACGGCUGGCUACCAUAACACUACUAAAUAUUGUCCGGCAUAUCAACACGGCACUACCAGCAUGACGGCUUUCGACCCUACCUGCGGAAUCCCAGUCAACGAGUACUUCUGGCUGAAUGACUUACAUCCUACCUAUCCUAUGCACAAUUUCAUGGCAUCCCAACUCACUCGUGGGUGGUAUGGACUUUAUUGCCAACUCGGUGCUCCAAGCCCCCAUGUUCUUGAUGAGCCUUAUGCGCUACAUUACGCCGACUUUGGAUCACAUGUACAUGUCACGGCUGCCAUGGUUACUUCUUUUCAGCUGACACUUCCGGCAAGGUUCAUGGACUCUUUGAAAUGGGUGGACAAGACGUACUAUCAAAAGCACAAGUCCGACGAUCCCUCAACUCUACGAGCUACUUAUUACACCGAACUGCAGAUGUACCAGGCGCACGGCGACACAAGCAAGCAUAAGAAACCUUGGGACGCAGUGACUGCAUUCUUGGUACGCUUUGGAAGAAGAGCCGCGAUCUCAUUGACAAUCUAUGCGCUCUCCUAUCUGCCUGUGGUAGGACGGUUCGUCCUCCCUGCUGCUAGCUUCUACACUUUCAAUAACGUGGUCGGGCCAAUACCUGCGACGGUCAUUUUUGGCAGUGGCAUUUUCUUACCAAGAAGAUACCUCGUCAAAUUUUUGACGAGUUUCUUUUCGUCGCGGAGUUUGAUGCGCGAGUUGGUAUGUAGGACCCACAAGGGAGAAAGCAGGAUGCUGAUAGCUCAACAGCUGGAACCCUAUUUCUCUCGAAUUCGCUUUUCUGGAGAACAAAAGAAGCGCUGGUUCCGUGAUCGCGAGGGCGUCCUUUUUGGUUUUGGCGUUGGCUUCUACAUCUUCUUGAAGAUUCCUCUUCUAGGCGUGCUCAUUUAUGGCAUCGCUGAGGCAUCCACGGCAUACCUCAUCACCAAGAUUACAGAUCCUCCGCCUCCGCCAGCAUAUGCAGAGAAGUUCGCUGAAAGCCAAGUGACAUGGGAAAACAAACAAGAGUUUUUACGACUACCCUUGGGCAAUCUGGAUGCCAGCAACGUCGAUACUUCCGAGAAAAAGCAGGAUCCCAUUGAUACCGCCGGAGCAGGCGCGAAGAAAUUCUCCUGA